GACGUCACAGCCAAUGGCGAUAACAACAUCACGACGCGAGCCAUGCCGCCAAUGCACAAAGGGAGGGCAGCUCAAGGCUGCCCUCCUACCGAAAUUACUUGACCCUCCCCUUCCUUUCCUCGUCGCAUCAUCAUGGCCGAUACAGCAACUCCAUCGAACCCGGAACAAGUCGCGCACGACGACCUCUGCCCCAUAUGUCAGCUCCUUCUCUUCACGCCCGUGAAAACCCAGUGCAACCACCUGCUAUGCGCGUCCUGCAUGGCGCAAUGGUCCGACGCCUCCAACACGAACCGCAUCGAACCCUCCAGCUGGGACGUGAACCUCGCAGACUUCGACCCAAACUACGAUCCAACGUACGACCUCGACUGCAACUGUCCCAUGUGCAGGACCCGUACUACCGCAACUCCGGAUAACGCGUUGGCAAGACAGUUGGAACAGAAGUAUCCCAUCACGUAUGCCGAAAGGCGCGUGGAAGAGGAAGAGGAGAGAGGGUCGCGUAUCGGGCGUGAUGGCUUCGAGGGCGUCAUGAUUCUCAUAGGGAAUAAGCAUAGGCUCAUUAGGAAUGCUGGUGACGAUAAUGAGCAUGACUGGACGUUCUUUGUGCGCACGUCGAGGCCGGAUUUGAUCAAGGAGGUGCAUAUUUAUCUGCAUCCUACGUUUCGACGAUCCCACGUUAUUGUCCGAAAACCACCUUACGAGUACGAAGCUCGGGGCUGGGGAACCUUCGUCAUUCGUACCGAGAUUGUGCUCAAGCAGCCAUAUAACUGGAUUAUCGAUAAUGCCGGCACUAGGCAGCAGGCUCUCGAGCUGGAAUGGACCCUCGACUUCGAAGGAAGAGGCAGGCAGGGCAGAGUGAGAGCCAAAGUGGACAGACUCGAUGCUGGAUCCAACCACGCCGGUCGCACGUUACGGUCCAGGCGUCCACCUCCAAGUGCGCCCGUCCUGGAUGAUGAGGACGACCUAUUAGACGACGACUACGAGGCCGCCGAAGAGGAAGAAGAUGAAGACGACGACGAGAGCUCUUCGGAUGAGGAUUUUGAGGAGGGAGCCAGCGAAUACGUUGAGCCGUCACGAAGAUAGCAACUGUUGAAGCCAAAAUUACUCCACCAAGGUUUUCGCAACGUCUUCACUUCGAUCACGAACGCCCGCCGAUCAUCGUCUCGAAAUAGCUAACUCAGUGGCAAAGCUCCUCCUCCGGUCACUGAGCUGCGGAUAUACACACCUUUGGGGGAAAUAAAUCUAAUGAUUCAAAUGUGCUGAAACUGUGCAGGCAUUUUGAGACGCGGCUUGCUGAUAAUCGCCGAACCACGUGCCAUCAUCCUAUAUAACCUUUACUGUAAUCUGUGUAACCACAUGGGACGA